CACCGUGCCGUUGUUCUUCAUGAUAAUGUGUAUGUACCUUCUGCCACUUAUCGCAUCUGGCCCCAACACCAAAGAAUUUUAUAAGAAGUUUUACUCUGAGGUUCGGAAGCACUGGUGGGAUCUGCUUAUUCAGGCACGAAAUUGGAGAGGAGACUCUGAAGCGUCCACCAUGUUGCACUUGUGGUACCUUUCUGCUGAUUACCAGCUGUUUUUAGUGGCUGUCAUCGUGAUUCAGACGUGCAGGACGCGAAAUCGGCUGGCUGCGUCCAUCUUCGUCAUUCUCUCACUCGCCUCCUGCGCCAUAGCAGCGUGGCAAAUAUACGGCACUAACAUGACACCAUUCAUGGUCCUGGUGCAAGGGUCGUACAGCACCGUCGUAGAGACGAUGAACCACUACUACAUGCUUCCGUUCUACCACGGGGUGUGCUUCUUCUCUGGCUGCAUCACGUUCCUCGCCGUAGAGAAAUACGGCAAGGCCAGCAUUUCCAAGGUGAUCCAGGUUUCUCUGUGGUGUGUGUGUCUCUUCAGCGGCCUGUAUUGCCUGUUCAUGAAGAUUGAAUGGUACAGCAAAAGUGAACAAACCAGCGAGAUGAGGAGGAUGGUCCACGCUUUCACCGAUCGCAUCCUCUGGUCUGUGUGCAUCGCCUGCGUCGCCUUCACCUGCGCUACUGGCCGUGGAGGAAUCGUGAACCGCUUCCUGUCCUGGAACGGCUUCGUACCACUGAGCCAUCUGUCGUUCGGAGUGUACCUAAUUCACUACCCCGUGUUCCUCCUCACACACCACGUUGCCAGGGAACGCAUCUUCUAUUCCCAUUUCACUCUGGUGUCUCAAUGCUUUGCGGUCCUGGUUUGGAGCUACAUCCUGAGCUACUUCCUCUUCAUCGUGUGCGACGCGCCUACAGGUCACCUGGAAAAGCUUGUGUUCAUGAGAGAGCGGCGGACUAGCGUACUGCGCACAAAUGGCGUGGCAAACAGUGCAGUUGAAAAUGGCGCCAGCGACAACAGCACUAACCACCUCGCCGUCAGUAUCAUCGCUACCGGCACAAUCAAGAAGUUUCUGAGCGGGGCGCCUACCUCGAAGGGUGCCGCCGUAGCAGGCAGCGAAGCAAGCCGCGCCAUCAAGUGCAACAGGUUCUGACGGACGUGAAUCUACAGAGUCGACCAAGUGUGCCAAUUCUGUAGUGAACAUUUCGUUUGCCCUGAGCGACUCAUGGAUCACGAUGCGGCGGACCUCAUCAACGUCAAAG